UUUAUAAGAACAGGGGCAAACCCAGGAGGUAUUGGUAGGCAAAGUACAGCUAUAUGACAGCUCCGUUUUCUCCCCAAGCUCGUCAUCAGUCAUUUCCGAAGUUGCGAAAAGGUUGAUGAAUUUGAUCUGACUUGCAGGCUGCUCUUUGGGACAGUGAGUUCCCAUUUGAUGCAGGUUUUCAACCGAGGGAAUGUAUGCGGACGUAUUGUGACUGCGAAAGAGUCUAAUGGAUACCAGGGGCAAACAGUUCUAACUUGAGAGCGCAGCGAGGAUGGAACUAUCGGAAGCCCGCCAGUGCAUAGUUGGUGAGAUACUUCGUUCGGGAAAUAUCGAAACAAAUGUAUAUUCACGGAAUUGCAGUAAAGUGGUCCUGUGGCGCAACCGUCUUUUAUAGGCAUCUUGAACAGUGUGGCUCGCCGAGUCACUGCUGCGCUCCAAGAUUUCUGAGGUAGCCCAUUUCUGGUGACAAGCAGGUGAAUUUGAAUUGCCCAUGAAAUAAAUCCCCUGUCCAAGUGAGGCGACAUUCUUGAACUUUCUACACAAUAUAUUGUUUUAAAUUGUCUUCUGCCAUUGAUAUGAUCGUAUGAAAUACAUUUCAAAUGGCUUGUGCUUAUUUGGUGUUAUAUUUUACAUUGACGCCCAGAAAGUAAACGAAAGGAAUUUCUAUCGUGCUAGUCUUUUAGUUACUGUAACACUGCUCCAUCGGAAAAAACAUGGAUUUGUCAUUAGACUGCUGCUAAGGACCACGCGCUCCAGCGGGUGUUUUUGGACUUUCCUCGCGACGAUGCACCUCCUCCGACUGGCGUGGGCUUUAACGGGAGCGGCAAUCUGCUUUUUUGUCAUCCUGCUCAUUCACUCCCACGUCCUAAAAGAAGGUCAGCUGGCUGCAGGAACGUGCGAGAUCGUCACUCUGGACCGCGACAGCAGUCAGCCACGGAGGACCAUCGCGCGACAGACAGCGAGGUGUGCCUGCAAGAAGGGCCAGAUUGCCGGAACCACGAGAGCCAGACCAGCCUGUGUGGACGCUCGCAUCGUGAGGAGUAGACAGUGGUGUGAGAUGAUGCCUUGUUUGGAAGAUGAGGGCUGUGACCUGUUGGUGAACCAGUCUGGUUGGACCUGCACACAGCCCGGGGGGCGAGUCAAGACCACCACGGCCCUAUGACGGCACAUACACAAACAAGACAGAAGUCACUCCCAGCCAGACAGACAGCAAAAGUCAACCACUUUUCAAGGACAGACAUGUGAAAAACAACAAACUGCAGACCCUGGCAGGCUAGUGCCACACAGCAAGGUCUCCUGACGAUGGCAGGGGCAGACGCUCCCUUCGGAGUGGUUGGUGUGUGAGCCUCUUCCCAUAGCCCCAUCGUCCUUCGCUGUGUGGACCAUCCGUCAUCCAAUCAUCAGCCAUUUGUCUGUUCUUCAAAACUGAUGCCAGAAGCGAGGGGGGGGGUGGACGCAACCCUUUUUUGUGCCACGUUGAACCGUUUGUUGAUAAGGAGCCUGAACUUCUAACACCUGGAAUGUGAGAUAUUCGUGGAAAGAACACAUGGGACUCUGCAAUUCUAGGUUCCACUGAACGUAAAAUUUUUUCCGUUUUGUUGUUGUUGUUUUUUUUGCUGAAUUUGGAAAUACCGAAUGGGGUCAUGAGGGAGAGUCUUGGAACUAACCUAGACCUGGGACCACCUGGGAUGAUGCGAAAGACAAGGAAUGAUAAAUGCUUUUGGAGUUUAUGCUUGACAAACGCUCUAUAGUGUUCUUGCAGACCAAAGAUAGAAAUGGUGACGCUGGCUAUAUUCUAGAGGAGUUAAUGGAGAUGGUGAAGAGGGGAUAGGGGACUUUUGCAAGUGGACCCAAGUCUUGCAUCCCCAUGGGCCUCCGAUACAGACGCUAAUGUACACUUAGGGAUGAACAGUAGGACUUGUUGCAUUCAAUAUAAAUUGUAUACAAACAACAAAAAACAACAAAAAAACUGUCUUAACAAAGACAAACUUUUCGAUUAAACUUGAGUCCAAGGAUAAUGUGUAACUCGUUGACGACGUUUCUGUUGGGACAACUAAACUGUACUUGUUUACUCACUGCUAAAUUUUGAACAUGCAUUUAAUCCGAGUUACAUUUUCAAUCGCUAUAUUUGGACAAUUUGCAGUCAGCAUGGCUGGUUAUAGUGAAGCAAGCAAAUCAUUUCUCACCAAGAAAGAAGAGAAGGGAGUGAGGGGAAAGAAAACCUGUUAGGAUUUCAUAUAUGUCAUAUCUGUUCGGAGGAAACAAACAUUAAAUGUAUUUUCAAAAGCCUAAA